AUGGAUGAAGCGACAGAUGAGGCAACAGAUGAAGAAAUGGACAAAACAGAAGACUUAAUAGUUGAUAUAGAGACAGACACCAUGACUGAAACUCAUAUAUCUUCUAAAAAAGCUUAUUCUAAUGUAUCAUCAUCACAAGAAACUUUAUCACCGCAAACACCAUCAGUUCCAUUUUCACAAGCACCUUUCUUACCACAAACACAUUUGUUAUCACAAGCACCUUUGCUACCACAAACAUCUUUGCUACCACAAACACCUUUGCUAUCUCAAACACCAUCAAUUCCAUCAUCGUAUACAUUAUUACAAAGCAAUUGGGCUGCUGGUCCUUCAGUAUUUCAGCCAUUUCUAACACCAUACAAUUCAUAUCAUACACCAUCGCCAAUGCCAAUCAAUCCAUAUUAUACGCCAUCACCAAUGCCAUUCAAUCUGUAUCACACACCACCUUUAAUGCCAGUCAAUUCAUAUCAAACACUAUCCCCAUUUGCUCCAUUUCAAUUUCAAGCCAGUCAAUAUAAUUCGAAUCCUUUAUCAGAGAUGGCUAAUUUUCUAAAAGAAAUAGAUGAAAAAGAGGGAACUAAUCAUUAUUAUCAGAAUUUUUUAAAUGAAUUUGAAGUUCAUCAAGUUACAGUAAAAAACCUAAUUAGAUUGUCAGAUGAUGAACUUGAUCGAUGUGGAGUAACUGCAAUUGGUGCUCGACGAACCUUGUGUGAUUAUGCUGAGAAGUAUCAAUCAUUACAAGACAGACAAAAUUUUUUGUAA